CGAGGCUCUCUCCUCCCCUUUAUCCGACUGUUAUCCAUAUCUACUUGCUCCUCCUGCUCACUGAGAAAGAUAAGAGGGCAGUUCCGCGGUUUAUACAUGUACAUCAUCAGCUACCAACACACACACUUAUUAUUGUUAGGUGUUACGGUAUAGCACCUAAUUUUUAGGUCAUUUGAAUUUGGCGCUCGCUCGUCUGCACCACAAGGGGAAAACAAAACAAAACAACAACAACAACAACAGCAACAUCGACAGCGAAGCAAAGCAAAGCAGAGCAGAGCAGAGCAAUCCAUCUAUUUCUAACCCUACUCUUAUCUCACUCUUCCUCUUCCCGUCGCUCUCACUAUCAUCAGUCUCACUCCAAGCCCUUGAACCUUUGUUACAGCUAGCCCGAAUAUAAAUUACUUGCCGCACUCUACAAUCAACUAGAUACAUAAGGACGGGACUCGAUUCUCCUUUCUAUCUUUUGACUUCAGACCAUUCUAUACCUCCCUCCCUACCUCCUGGGUACUUUCUAUACUUUCCAUACUUUCCAUACUCUCUCAUUCCGUUUCAAGUCGUCCAAAGGCUGGCAGACUGCUUGGAUUUUAUUGUUGGUCUUAUGUAUGACUGAGAUGAGAAACUAACAUUGCACUGUACUUGUACUUGAAUUUUGCGGAGUGCUCAUGCUAUCGUCGUUGAUUAAUUUUACAUCCAUAUCAAAAUGACCUCAGGCUAUCCGUAUUCACCCAAUUACAACAACAACGAUAACAACAGAAAUCCGAAUUCGGCAUCAUCUGCCAACUCGAACUCAAACAACCGUUCACUAUGGAACAGAGAAUCUUUUCCUAGUAGAGGAGAGGAACUCGAAUCUUUAACUUUACCUCCAAUUAGUCGGUCAAAUCCCGACAAUAGAUUGGGGCUACCUGCAAUAUCAUCAUCACCACUGUUUGUAUCAGAUUCCCACACAGCACUCGAUUUGAGGAGCAAUGCACCGGCAAUGACACUUGGAGCCGUAUCUGCCUCUACAACUACAGCAACUACAACAAAUUCAAAUUCAGAACCUGGCCAAAGUCGAAUAAAACGCCCUCGAAGCUCAUCUCCCCCUGAUCUUUUUUCUUUUGAUCCUUUCGACGAAAUCAACCGGUAUCGAUCACCACCUCCAUUACCACUAUCAAACUCACGGCCAUCCUCGCAACCAGGAAGAGGGUCCUCCUUCUACGACGACGACGCCGAGGCCUUGGAAAAUUUCGACUGGGAUAGCUUUCUUUCACAAGACAACGAAAACGACGAGGAGAUUGACGAUCCAUUUGCAUCGCCACCACGAAUUUCCAAUCAAGCGUCUGAUAGUUACGGUAUAGUCGAUCUCACCGAUUCAUCACCAGCUAUGGUUCCCCCACCCGAAAUACGCAGAGCUCUUAGCGGCCCUAAUUUACGCCCAGCUACAUCCGCUAGACCAAAUUCCCCAAAACGACGAAAGCCCUCAGCUGGUAUCUCAAAGUCUGCAUCUGCAAAACGUCGCAAGCUUUCACCAUCUGCAACCCAACCUGAGGAAGAUGUCGAAGUCGUUGAUCUCGCGGAGAAUUCAAAUCUGGAAGAAUAUGAAGCUGCGAAGGCGAAAAGACAGGAAGACUUAAUCAAACAACAAAACCAAGAUGAAGCAACAAAACCAGUCAAAUUGGUGGAGUUCCAGUGCAUCAUAUGUAUGGAUAACCCGACGGAUCUGACGGUUACACAUUGUGGUCACCUCUUCUGUUCCGAGUGUCUUCACUCAGCACUACACGCAGGAAAUAACGGCAGGAAAUCAUGCCCCGUUUGUCGAACUUCAAUUAGCACUACGAACCUGCCGGGUCGAAAACCACCUAAAAACGGCACUUUUCCUAUAGCGAUCAAGUUAAUGACGGCGAACAAAAUGGGGAAGAAACCCAAGAGGAAUUGAUGGCUUCGUUGAAAGAGAUCUGAGGGUAUAUCAUAUCAGGGGUUUAUUCAGCGGGCAGUGGCAAUGGAGGGCUUUCUUCGAAUGGAUUAAUAGUAAAGGCCACGGCGUUAUUGGCUGGACUGGGAUGGACUGGACUGACAAGAUACCACAUCUGGGAACUGGAACUUCAACGCUUUGCACACUGGCAAGCCGACAAACAUCACUUCUAUGAUUUUUGUGUCUGCGUAAUAGCCUUAUACGAAGAUAGAUUGGAGGGCUAGUUGAGAGAUCUCGCCAUACUUAUAACACAAGGCAAUACUUUCUGCAGUAAAACAGAAGAUGCCGAGGAAAAUACUGCCCUUUUCAGGUUUGGUUUCCGCGAUCGGUCAUUUUUUCCCCAUAAUGCAACAGUAAUAUUUGGUGCUGUCAAUUGUGAAGUUAGUGAAAAAGAGCA